AUGGUCACUGUCCAAAUGCGCAGAGAUGUCAGUCAUGUAGAUGACGACGAUCAAAAGACUAUUGUACCGUAUUCGCAAAGUCUCAGCUUUAUGCGAGAGCAUGAACGAGGUUUUCUUUUGGCAGGAGAGAAGACUGUGCGAUUAUCCGGGGAAUAUUUCCAGCUCACCCUUACUGUAGAUGCUCCUUCUCAGGGUCACGCCUGCAGCAAGCUACCGUGCUUUCGCCGUCACGAUCGCCACUCCUCACAAAAAGACCGGCAAUAUCUAUGGCAUCACUAUUCCGUACUGCGUCACCCCCAGCUGGGGUGGUUGGGUAAAUCAAUUUCCGGGGAGACCUUCCAAUCAAAUCGCAUCGCUUGGCACAACCCGGAGUCCAAUGUUAGAUGA